CUCUCAUCCACUCAUCUCAUCGAGAAAAGCCCCUCAUUUUUGACCCAAUAACUUCACUCUCAACAAUAUGAAGCCCACUGCUUUCCUUGCCGUUAUGGCGAUUGCCGGAUCCGAGGUCAAUGCCGAUUGUUUCCCCAAUGGCAUGAUCGGCCACUAUGGCAGCUGGCUCAAGCAGAAGGUUACAGCCGUGGGUGCGGACCGCCUUUCUCUUGCCUGCAUGGCAAUAGCCGGUGUAGCUAAAGAGGCUUUUGUUGGCGAGGAGAGCCGAACAUUCUGCAUGCAGGAGGCGGAUGGCUUGAAGUGGGACUUUUCCAUCAAGAACUUGAACAGCGGCAAACGAGUUCUAGGACAAGCCGAAUGCAUGUCUGGGCUGUCGAAGGAGGCCUAUAAUUGUUAUAGAGGAGGCAAGACAUCCUAUUGGAAUUGGGAAUACGCUUCCGACCCCAAUGCUGGCAGCUGCAUGGGGAAGUAAUUAGGUGGACCAACUCGCUCUCUCUCUCUGUCUCUCUCUGUCUCUCUCUCUCUCUCUCUCUUUUUCUUGAUCCCGCGCCUGUAUUAUCUUUCUCUUGUUUCAUUC